AUGGGAGAAGGCGAGGACCGACCGGAAGGCACGAUGAAUCCACGCGUCGAAGAAGUCAGCGACUCGGACAGCGACCCGUCAGAGAUGGGCAUCGACGAUGUACCCGCUCUGAUGAACGCGAAUAAUAUACCCAGCACGGGCAACAAGUCCAUGCCGACACCAGCGCAGAUGCAGGCGCUCCAAUCGCAGAUGCUGCAGCCGCAAUCGCCCUCGAUGACGACAUCUACGGACCGAGAAAAGUCCAAGCACUACCAGUGUUUAUACCCCAUAUACUUUGACAGGUUACGGACAAGGGCUGAAGGGCGUCGCGUGGGCAAGGAGCUUGCGGUGGAGAACCCUCUAGCACGGGAGAUGGCCGACGCUGCUGCCGACCUGGGCCUCCGGACUGUCUUUGAGCCUGACAAGACUCACCCCAAAGACUGGGCCAAUCCUGGCAGAGUGCGCGUCCUUCUCAAGCACCAAGGAAAAUUGAUGGACGACGAUGUGAAGAACAAGCAUCAUCUCUACAUCCUCAUCGCACAGGCCCUGAAAGCCAACCCGACACAGAAGAACACACCUUUCAGAUUACCCAUCGCGGGCCUACCUAUGCCCAAGGAGAUGCCGGAGCCAGCGAUACCAAAGGGCUGGAAGAUGAGCAAGAUCCUCCCUCUACAUUCACCUGCUCUAACGGGCGGUGGUGUCAGUGAGAACUUCCUACAGGAUAUGAUGGGGGAGAUGAUGGGCGGCGAGGCAGGCAGCGGCGCAAGCAGCGGGACAGAAUCGAAGAAAAAGAUCAAGGACAAAAAGAAGAAGUAA